AUGACUAUCCCAACCAACUUUGAUAUAACAGACGUCACAUUCGUAGCCCAGGGCAAGACCAAGUCCAUCUACAAAUUCAAUCAACAUGACCAGUAUGUGUUGGUCGUGUCCAACUCGUCGAUCACUGCCGGUGACGGCGCCAAGAAGGAUGAGUUGCCAAUGAAGGGCAUCAACUCGACCACCACCACCUGCAACAAUUUCCGUAUUAUUCAGUUGGCGGGCAUCAACACACAUUACGUGCGUCAGGAGCAGAACAACAGCUUCAUCGCUCAGCGCUGCUCGAUGAUCCCACUCGAGGUGAUCGUGCGUCGCAUCGCCACCGGCUCCUACAUCAAGCGCAACCCUCAGAUUGCCGAGGGCACCAAGUUCAACACAUGCAUCGUCGAGUUCACCUACAAGGACGAUGCCAACCACGACCCACUCGUCUCCAUCGAUGACAUCCUCGCCAUGAAGAUGAACAUUGGCGGUCACGCCAUCGACACCACAGUCCUGGCCACCAUCAGUCAAGUUGCCAUUCAAGCCUUUGAGGCUCUUGAGCGUGCAUGGGCUUCGACCGAUGUAGUUUUGGUUGACUUCAAGGUCGAGUUUGGUGUUACUACUGAUGGCACUAUUAUAUUGGCUGAUGUCGUUGACAAUGAUUCAUGGAGAAUCUGGCCAAAGGGAGACAAGACACUGAUGAGAGACAAGCAGGUCUACCGUAACAUUCCACUCCAGGCUGGUGGCCCCACCACCAACACUCUCAACGAAGAGCAGACCAAGACAUUGGUCGACAACUACACUUGGGUUGCCAACGAGACCUUCAAGAUGGUCGACUUUGCCAUCGCCAACAGGAAGUAG